CGACAAGCUUUCUUCUGCUCUUUCAUCUUCUCGACUCCACCACCACCACUCGCGGUUAUAAGUUGUCGACCACAAGGCAUCCAUACCUAUAUUACUCCUGACACUUCUCAUUCCAAUCUACAAAUACCUCGCGGACCAUGUAUCCGUACGGGCAACCUUUCGGCCGACCUACAAUGCCCCCUGGUUUCCCAGGAAUUCCCGGAGUCUCUGGGAUGGGCAUGCCUCCGGGCUUCGGUAUGCCUCCCGGGACUGGUCCUCCGGGCGCACCUGGUCUCCCCCCCCCUCCUGGUGUUAGCGGUGCCCCUCCGGGGACGGCUCAGGCCAACAUGCCUACUCGGCCAGGAAUGCCAGGAUUUGUUCCGCCAGCAAAUUUACCGAAUAUUAACUUCAACGCGCCAAUUAUCAGACUCGGUACUUCUGUGACGCGGCAAAAUCCUGUUCCGUCCUCCUCGAGUGCAUCGAAGUCCGGGGCUGGGUCUUCGCAGGGCUUUUCAAGGGAUGCUGCUGCGGAUCUAGCACCGCCAAGUGUAGAGGAGCAACUCAAAACGGUAUUUGUUGGUUCUAUACCAAAAGACCUGGAAGAUGAGUGGAUAGAGAGGAUUUUGAAGUCUGUUGCGCCGCUCAAGAAAUGGACCCGAGCCACAAAUGAGAAUGGGGAACUUUGCAAGUUCGGGUUUGCUGAAUACGAAGAUCCCGAAGGUCUUGGAUGCGCAAUUGAAGCCCUCAAGGAUUUAGAGGUACCUGCUAUUGAUGAGCACUUAGAACCUAAGAAGCUUACGGUCGUCAUUGAUGAUAAUUCCGUGACCUACAUUGAAAACUAUGAAGAACGGGUGGAUCCUCAACAAUUGAGGAAUCGGCGGGAGUCGGCUAGGGCUGCUCUCGCAGCUACUCUAACUGAAUACAAGGACCCUUCUAAACGAGCACCCAAGGUCUCCGAAAGCUCUAAAACUCCAGCGCCUGAGAAGACCUCCGAAACACCAGCGCCAGACGGUGUCGAUGCGACCCCACAGCCUGAAAUUGUAACCAUACCCCUUUCAGCGGAUGACGAACUGAGUGAUAUUCCAGCAGAUAUGCGUGAUAUGGUGGCUAAGGAAAUUGCAGCCUUUCGAGAACGUUCGAAUCGUAGAGACCUUGAGCGUCUCAAGAGGGAGGAAGAAAUAGAAAAAAUGGAGCGGGAUAGGAACCACGGGCCUAGGAUAAACCGCCUUGCAUCAUCCCCACCCCCGUUGGCGCCUACAGGGCCAUCAGGUGGGGCAAAUGCUAUCCCGAUUGGGCCUUCAAGAUUGCGGGAUCACUCGGGGACCCCAGGCGCUUCGACGAAAAUCCCAACCGGUCCGUCUUCCGGCAGUCAACUUCCCAGGGAUUAUCAUAAGGGAGUCGCAUUUGUCAAUGGCGGUGCAAAUGGACUCUCCUACAGCAAGGAGGAAGAAGACUCCGACGCAUCUGAUGAGGAGCUGGAAAAGCGCAGAAAGGCGAAAAAGAAGGCGGACCAAGAGAAGACAUUCUUAGACCACGAACGGCGCUGGCUUAAUCGUGAACGGGCAAGGACCUCCGCUCUAGAGCGUGAGCAAGCCAGAGAUUUAGAGGACGAAGGGAGGGAGAAGCUGGAUAAGAUAGCUAUGGGCAAGCGGUUGGCAGAGUGGGACGAUGAUGUUGAGGCAGAAAAUAAAAACGAGGAAUAUUACGUUGAUAGAUCUAUGUGGAUCCGCAACAGGGCAGCGUUCCGGAAUAGGGAAAUUGAGAUGGACGAACGGGAUCGGCAGGCUGAGGCCAGACAGGCUGAGAUGGACAUCGACAAAAAGCGAGCUGCCGAAUCUAUGGCGGAUAGCUUCUUGGCUAGACAGGCCGAAGAAAUGGAGAAGGCAGCUCAGAUCAAGGAACCGCAGAAAUUCAAGUUGGCUCUCGGCGCAGCUGCAAGCAAAAAACAAGAACAGGGACCUAGAAGGAAAACAGCUGCUGAAGUUGAAGGAAUGCUGGAAGACGAGGAGGAAGACGAGUCGAAGACCAAGCGUGUCCUCGUGCCUAUACAGUACGAUUCUACUAGUGUUAUGGAUGAGGAGACCAGGGAGAAGCUUGUUAGGCAACUAGCUCAAGAGAUCCCAAGCGACCGGAAGGGCUUAUUCGAAUGGAAGCUACAGUGGGAUCACAUCGAUGAGGCAAUUCUUAACGAAAAGUUACAACCGUUUGUGGAGAAAAAGAUUGUUGAAUAUCUUGGAGUUCAAGAACAAGAGCUUAUCAACUUUGUUCUGGAGCAUAUCCGAAAACGCGGCACCGCAGAGGAUCUAGUGAAGGAGUUAGAAAUGGCGCUCGAUGAAGACUCGGAAACUCUUGUCAAGAAAGUCUGGCGAAUGGUCAUUUUCUACUCCGAGAGUGAAAAGAGAGGCCUUAAUUAGUUUUUCCCCUCCUUGCCUAUAAUUUUAACGCUAUCAUACAAGUCUCUCUUUUAUUGUUUGAGGUAAGGAUAAGCCGGGCGGAGUUUAUUUCUCUAUUCAUCCAGCGAGUUUUAUUUUUCCUCCUAUUGCACUGUACACUAGAUAUUCGAUAAUGCUCUCGGGCAAUCGAACAAAAGUAAUUCCGGCA